CGACGCGCGAUGAAUUUUAUUGACUGACUUUUAAAUAAUGGUGCGGUGUUAGCACGGGGAGCGGGAAAAUGAGUUGCGACAACGACGAGGCGUCUCGCGGAUGCAGCCCCCCGAAUGUGGUGUUCGAGGCGUCGACGCAAACCCCCACGAAUGAGGACUGCGAGUCGCCGCUGUUCACCCCCAAGGGGUACUGUCUCAAGACGGUGGAGCAUAGCAGUUUGGCGCUGGGAAAUAUCCAAAAAAUGAAACAGCAAGGACAGCUCUGUGACAUAACGUUAAAAAUAGGCUUAGAGCGAUUUAGAGCCCAUAAGGUGAUCUUAGCCUCAGUUAGUCCCUACUUUUACGCCAUGUUCAACGGCGAUAUGAAAGAGCAACACCAGAGCGAAAUCACAAUCCAUGACCUGGACCCCACCGCCAUCGACCUCCUCAUCGAGUACUCCUACACGGGGCAGAUCCUCAUCACGCCCGACAACGUCCAGGUGCUCCUCCCCGCCAGCAGCGUCCUCCAAAUCCAGGAAGUCCGGGAGGCUUGUUGCAAAUUCCUCCUGAGACAGCUCCAUCCAACUAAUUGUCUGGGAAUACGGAGCUUCGCCGACACGCAUUGCUGCAAAGAGUUGCAUCUCAAGUCGCACGUCUACGCCUUGCAGAACUUCCAGCAGGUGGUGGGCACCGAGGAGUUUCUCCUGCUGCCGGUUGAGGAGGUCAAGGAGUUGAUUUCCAACAGUCAGUUGAAUAUUUCGUCAGAGGAGGAUGUUUUUACAGCGGUUUUGAAUUGGGUGAAGCAUGACUUGGGGGAGAGGAGUCGGUUUAUCUCGCAGUUAAUGGUCCACGUGCGUCUGCCCCUCGUCAACCGCGAGUUCCUCAUGACGCGCGUGGACAACGAGCGCCUCAUCCGCGACGACAGCGAGUGCCGGGAGCUCCUCCUCGAAGCCAUGCGCUACCACCUGGCCCCCGAGCGGCGCUGCGCCUUGUCCACCUCCCGCACCAUCGAGCGCAAACCGAAGGGUGCCGACCCGUACCUCUUCGCCGUCGGCGGCGGCUCCCUCUUCGCCAUCCACUCCGAAUGCGAGGUGUACAACCCCAAAAGCGACACCUGGUCCGUGAUAGCCCCCAUGCUGUGGCGGCGCUCGCGCUCGGGCGUCACCGGCCUGCGCCGCCUCCUCUACGUGGUGGGCGGCUACGACGGCAACUCGGACCUCGCCACCGCCGAGUGCUACAACCCCCUGGUCAACGCCUGGACCCCCAUCACGCCCAUGGGCACGAAGCGGUCCUGUCUGGGGAUUUGCUCCUUCGAUGGGCUGAUUUACGUGUGUGGGGGCUAUGAUGGGGCGUCGUGUUUGAGUUCGAUGGAACGGUACGACCCCCUGACGGGGGUGUGGUGCAGUUGUCCGGCGAUGAACACCAGGAGGCGGUAUUGCAGGAUCGCGGUGGUGGAGAAUUGUAUUUAUGCCUUGGGGGGGUUUGACUCCACGAAUUAUCAGGCGUCGGUGGAGAGGUUUGAUCCGAGGGAGGGCACAUGGGCGCCCAUCCCCUCCAUGUCCAGUAGGCGGAGCAGCUGUGGGGUGGUGGCCUAUGAUGGGCAUUUGUACUGCAUUGGGGGCAACGAUGGGACGACGUGUAUGUCGAGUGGGGAGAAGUUUAAUGUGAGGAGAAAUGCAUGGGAGCCAAUCGCUGCGAUGCAUAAUCGGAGGUCCACUCAUGAAAUCGUGGCUAUGGACGGUUUUAUUUACGCUUUGGGGGGCAACGACGGCUCUUCUAGCCUCAACUCUGUUGAAAAAUACGACCCGAAGUUGAACAAAUGGACCGUGGUCGCGUCCAUGUCCAUUCGCCGAAGCUCCGUAGGAGGCGCUGUUCUCGACUGCAUUAACUUAGAGUACGUUUUAAAGCAAACAAUGAGUUGAAUCAACUCCUUCAUGGUACAAAAAUUCUUUCCGUGCAAUUAUACGACGUUCUGUGAUAACUAAAGAACCAAAACUUGUUUCAGGCAAAUUUAUAUAUUUAUAUGACGCGGUACGUGUCCAAUUUCUGGUUAUUUGAGCUUUUACAUGUACGAAAUCAUCGACUUAUAGAGGAUUUGAUUUUGAAAAUGGCGCCAUUGGAAGUGGCGCCAAAUUUGAAUUUUUCUAUUAGAAUUAUGCAACGAUGUAGUUUAUUGUGCACAGGUUUAAAUGUUUGAUUGAACGAACAAUGCGUAGCUUGGCCUAGCUUUAUUUAAACACUGCCAUUGUUGUGUAGCUUGAUGUCAGAAUAAAACCGGUUCGAA